AUGAAUUAUUUCGCUUGCCCUCUUCAUGAUGGACACUUUCUAUCACUAGUUUGCACUGACAAGUCUUGCAUCGAAUCAUUAAUUUGCCGUAAGAAUGCUUGUGAUCUUCUAGCUCUUUGUGAACAUGCUGAUCAUCAAUCUCAUAACACCUUGCCCAUCAAACUUAUGCUCUAACAAGUAGACGAGGCUGCCAACAACAACUCCGAUGCCACUCAAUAGAGUGUGAUGGAUGUUUCCAUUUUCUUGGAUAAAUCCUAUAAUGAAUGUGUUCGAAUAGUAAAACAAAGUUAUAAAUUGAUAGGUGAAUCGAUUCAAUGAAUAAAUACAAAAUAUUUCAAAGCAGUUGUCGAAGAGAGUAGAAACCUAUUAUCUUGAUCUAAAAAAUCAAAUACGGAAUUUUUCACUUUCCAAGACUCCUAUUCAUUUCUUGCUUGAUUCUCUCAACAUCCCAUCAGAUUUGCCAGAAUUCAAAAAGAAUAUCGAGUAAGUUUCAAAUAAUCAUCACUAGCUAAAUUUUAGAGUAAUAUUCCUUUGGAAAUGGCAUUGCUGUAAGACAAAGUAUAAAUUCAGCAAUUAUGGUUGCUUGCAAGUCGCAGAUUACUCAGCUCAACGAUUAAUUGCAGGACAUUUAAAUUGAUAUCGAUAGUAAAGUUGGAAUUCUGAGUAGCAUUUUCAGAGCACAGCCUGUUACUGCUGCAGAAGUAGUGUAAUCAAUUGCGUUUCAAUUCUCAUAAAAAUUCAAAGGAGCCAAUAUUGGUUUGAGUGGCCAGAACAUGAUUGCUGAAUAAAAGACUUCGGAAUCCAAUGGAUAGCGAUUCAUCAUUUGUGAACCUUGUGUACCCAAAAAUGGAGUUUACAAAUUUGGAUUUAAGAUCAUCAAAUAUGCAGGAUGGAUUGGAGUGGGGGUUUGUCACAGAGACAUCAUUGCGAGUGCCAAUUACAAAUUCAACUACACCAACAUAGGCCAUGGGUACACUUUUAUCAUUAACAUGCAGAUCGUAUUUGAUAUCCAACAAUGCCUACUCUUGGUCUCACUUGCAGAAAGACUUGAAUUCAGCACACAAGUCCUUCGAUUUUGGAGUGGGCGACGUUAUUGUUAUUGAGGUUGACAUCCCGAAGAAGAAAAUUACUUGGUGGAAGAAGAAAACCCAAUUGAAGUUUGUAAGAGAAUACACAUUCUAUUUUUUAGUCCAUGAACUUGGAUACGAACUUAGACUUGUAUCCCUGUGCCAACUUAUGCAGUCCAGGGGAUACUGUUGAAAUUGUCAAUAAGGUUGAGUCUUGAUUU